AUGACGAUGGAACAUCGUCAUGGUGGAGCUCCUAAAGGAUGUCUCGUACGAAUGGGAAUCAGAGCUGUAGCUGGAGGAGUAGGCUUGGCGUCUGAGAGCGUAAAUGCGCACACAGAGAGUAAAGCGGGGACGGACAAGAACAAGCAUCGAAAUCUCGAUAUCGGCAAGGAUACUGGACAUGACCUUGAGGAUGAGCGGAAGUGA